GGCGUAUGAGUUUUUAGGUUAGAAUUUUUACAGACGAAUCAAUCAUGGCGAACAGGAAAUCAACAACCAAUGUUUUUAAUGUGACGCAUUCGCGUCUGUUGACAAUCUGUAUUAAUUUAGUGUAUUAUGAAUGAAAAUAUUCCAGGAGGAAGACAGAGAGCUUCCUCUGAAAGUGAUGUUUUAGAUGAAAAAGUAGUACAAAAUGGUGGAAACCAUUCAUUGACCCUAGACCACAGAAAUUUUAGUAGAAGUUUUGGAAACCGUCUAUCUGAUCAAAUAAACUCAGAUGAGGAAAUAAUAAGUAGUGAAAAGGGUUAUUUUACGUUACAGACUAAGGAUAAGCGUCGUAAUAAACCAUUGUUUAAGUCUGUUAAAAAGUUGGUUAGUCGUAUUCGUCGUUCUGCUCAUAGUCAUUCAUCAACUGAUGUGAGACAGGAUAUGAAUGGAGCAAAGGGAGGUUAUAAUCCUCAUGUAAAUGAUGGCAUAAAGACAGAUUCUGGUGCAACUAUUAAGCGCGUAUCGGAUUCUACUUCAAGACCCCUUAUUACUAGACCUAUGACUGUAACUUUGCCAUGGAAGGUGUGUCCAGGAACAGUUGGAAUUCAAAACCAUGGCAAUACAUGUUUUAUGAAUGCAGUUCUACAAUGCCUUAGUAAUACUGACGCUAUAACAGGGUAUUUUGCAGCAAAGCAACACAGAAAUGACUUGAAGACCAGAGGCUUUUCUAAGAAAUUCAGCAACAGUAAAAGUGAUUUAACUGAACAACUAGGGACACUAUUAGAAAGUUUAUGGUCAAAUAAUUAUUCUCCUGAUAUAUCAAGUUCUUUUAAGAGUACUGUUGGAAAAUACAACAGUCAAUACAAAGGUUCAGCUCAGCAUGAUGCUCAAGAAUUUCUUCUGUGGUUGCUAGACAGCAUUAAUGAAGAACUUGCUUUAACAACAAAGAAGAAGCAUAAAUCAACCAAGGGAAAAGAUUCUUCAGAUGAAUCACUUGCAGAAGAAGUCCUUGCGAACAGUCAUGGAUGUUUUAUGUACAACAUGUUCCAGGCUUUAUAUAGGUCAUCUUUACAGUGUGCCAAUUGUAGUAAACAGAGUAACACAUUUGAAAGCUACCUCUGCUUGUCUCUGCCAUUGCCUCACAAAACUAAAAGACCAGUAUUUGUUACAAUUGUCUAUCUGGAUGGAGACCCAAAACAAAUUAAAGUUGGUGUAGAAAUUUGUUUCCAAGAUACUGUCAGAGAAUUAAGAGAAACUGUUGCAGAAAAUACAAAGAUAGCAGUUUCACAGCUUGUCCUUUGUCAGAUUCAAGAGGAUGGAUUUAGAUGUACAUUUAGUGAUGACCAGCCAAUUAGUGAUAUUUCUGAGACAGAGAUUAUCUGUGCUAUAGAGACAUUACCUUUACCAGUAUCAAAGAGUACCGAGUCACCAUACCUUCAGCUGAUUGUUGUGCAUUCCAUUAGAGAAUCAGCUCCUAUUAAAUACAUUAGAUUCAGUCCACCUCAAGUUCUGAAAGUUGACAGAGAUAUUGACUACAAAACAUUACAAAGAGAAAUCUUGAAGCAUAUGACAGAUUGUGUAAAGGACGGUUUAUUAUCUCAGAAAUUAGGUAUUUUGUUUAAAAUCCGAGUUGUUGAUGGCAGUGCUGGUAAGGGGUACUUACAACAGGAUGUGGAAAUGCCAUUGUUAACAAAUCUGGUGGACAGGGCAAUGUCUAUGUGCAGAGAUGAGUAUGGACCUCAGCAUCUCAAACUUGUGGCUGAAUGGGAACCUGCAGUCCAAUCAAGAGUUAUCGCAGUUGAAAAUAACAGAGUAGAUGAGCAUAAUUCUUUUAAACGAUUGCGUCAUAGUUCUCAACAGCCAUUUAGAGUAUCGUUAGAUAACUGCUUACAGCUAUUUACCAAAGAAGAAACACUAAGUGGAGAUGAUGCCUGGAAUUGUCCUCAUUGCCACAAAUAUCAACAAGCUGCAACUAAAACAUUAGGACUAUGGUCUGUUCCUAAUGUUCUAGUCAUACAUCUGAAAAGGUUCAGACAGGUUGGUGUUAGAAGGAAUAAACUAAAUACAUUAGUAGAUUUUCCUGUGAGAGGUAUGGACAUGUCAGAUCAUAUAUUGCACAGGAAUCAACCAGGAAUUGACCAUGGCAUUUAUGAUCUAUAUGGUGUCUGUAAUCACUAUGGUAACAUGUUAGGAGGCCAUUAUACAGCUUACUGUAAAAAUCCACUGGAUGGAAAGUGGUACGAGUUUGAUGAUUCUAAAGUGAAAUCUAUUAGUGAAGCAGAAGUGAAGACAUCAUCAGCCUAUUUAUUGUUUUAUCAGAAACGAGGAUCAAAUUCACAUAUAACAGAAGGAUUACAAAAUAGAACACACUGGAUUUUCAAAUUAUGUCCUUUUCUUUUAAAUGUCAAUUCUAGUGACUUCAAAAGUGCUAAAGAUGGUAGUCCACACAGUGAACAUUUACUCAAUGUUCAGAAUUCUGAAAAUGAGGAAAAAGAAGGUUUAUUUUCAAGACAGAACAGUGGACGAAGUGAUUUGUCAUCUAAAAGUGAAGAGAAAACGAAUUCAUCAAGUAGUUAUGUAGGAAAAUCGUUACCUCAUGUUACUGCGGGACAUGUGUCAUCGAAACUAGUCCAUAACCCACCAACAUCACAAACACUGCCACCAGACUUGUUACAAAAUGCUUUAAGUCAAACUUCUAAGUCAAAAGAAACACAUUCUAAAAAUAGUCAGAUGUCAACAAAUGGGGAAACUAGGCAUUGUAUUCCUGAUAAUUCAUUGGAUGUAAAUCUGAGGGUAAAACUGCCUCCAAGUACUUUGAAUAAACAAACAAACCUUAAGGUAGACUUGAUUGACAAGCCACCGUCUGGUAGGUCUAACUUGUAUGAUCGUCAGAAUGCCUACCCACCAUCAAAAUCAGAUAAAGUACCUCCAAUUCCACCUAGACCUGAACUCCCUGUAAAGAGUUAUUCAGAAAAUUACUCAAAUGGUGCAGCACAAAGUUUUAGUACAAAAAUUCAACCAUCUGACAUUAAACAAAGGCCACAAAGAGAUUCUAGUCAAAGAUCACAGAAAGUAGCUCGGAAUGAUUCUGAGACACAAAAAAGUAAGUUUUCUCAACAAGAUAAAGCAUCAUAUGAUGAACUUGACUACAGAGUUAAUAUAAAAGAUCCUUCACCACAACAACAAAGGAAGCAAACUCCACAACAAAAUAAGUCAAGAUAUGAUGAAAUUGAUUCUAAAGUUAAUGUAAAAGAUCCUUCUCCACAAACAAGCAGACAAAUUUCUACUCACUGGUCCACUCCUCAGCCUCCUCGAAAAAGUACACAGGGUCAGCUGUCGUCAAAGUCUCCAUUUAAAAGGCAAAAUUCAAUUCCUGUUAAAAGGAGUUCAAGUACUAAUAGAUACAUGAGACUUCCUUCAUCUAGAUCUGAAGAAGAUCUGCCCACACAGACACAACAGAGGCUAUAUUUUGAAGAGAUUAAAGCUGUGAUUCCAAGUAAUAAAGGCGUUCAUGACCUUAUCAGUACAUAUAACACUAUAUCAAGGAAAGUUUCAAACCCUGAACAAGAUAGACCACCUGUAGCCACACUUAACAGGAGAAUAGAACAGACAAGGCCUUCAAGAAGUGAUCACUACAAAAGAAGUGUAAGUUAUCAAAAUGCCAAAAACAACAAGGAUCAGUUUGAACCUUUAAAUCACUUUGACCUACAACAAGUUUCAAAAUCAAAUGAUGAUGUAUACGAUGUGAAGAAUAGACCACAGACAAAAAGAGCUAGUUAUCAUCAGAACCAGUCAUCCCAUAAUGGACUAGAGCAAGAUAGAAUGCCCAAAUCCAAAACGGAUGAUAAUUUAGCCUAUAAUACUCCAGGCUCUAGAAAACCUGUGUAUGAACCUAGCCAGUCAGAUUCCUCGUCUUUUUCUGAAGAUAAUAUGCCUCGUUACAAACCUCAUAAACAUUACUUCGUGAAGCCUAAAGAAAAAGUCAAAUCAUUUAGGAAAGAGAAAAUGUAUUCACCUUGUAUGAAAGAAUCUUCUGUAUGAUGUAGUUAUUUCUGUUAUAAGAUUUACAAUGUUAGAUGUAUGUGAAGUUCUUUUUUUCCUUUUACAUUAUCUUGUUAAGUGUCCUAUGUUUGAAAGGUUCAGGGAUCAUUUUCUGUAGAGUGAAAUAAUUACAAAUGGACAAUACUCAGAUAAGUACACAAACCAUGUCAAACAUCUGUAUAUUGUCAGUUUGACUAUUUUUUCAUCGGUGUAGAGAGUUUUAUUUCAGCCACAUUUAAAUAUUUGUGUUUUAGUCUAAGGCCAACAUUUUCAUAUAUAUAAAUGCUUGUUUCUGCAAUAUUUCUUCUGUUGACUUUUAUCCCAUAAUUUUAAUCUUAUACUUUUCUCUAUUUUAUUUUACUGUGUACCUCUUACACACACUAGUUUUGUGAACAAAUGUACAUAUGUGUGAUAGAUAUGGUGCUAAUCUUUUAUAAAGAUUGUGUAUUCUGUACAUUAUAUGUAAGACUGUUUAGAUUAUGAAACAUUAUAUCGGUAUAAUUUAUCUUCCUUCUGAAUGUUGAGCUAAAUUAAUUUUUUUAUUCUGUUUUUCCCCCUGUAAAAUUGAUUUUAAAGUAGAUGUUUUGGUACUUAUUGCUUUUCUGGAGUAUUGGUAUUAGUGCACUCUGAAGUAAGGUUGUAUUUAAGUUCAAACAUCUCCCCAUUUCAACCACUGCAGUGACAAACAAAUUACUGUGAAUUCAGAAAUUAUUGCGUGCAUUUAUUAUUGUGAUUUUGUCAUUUUAGACUAAAAUGCGAUUUUAAUUUUUGCGAUAUUGAGAAAAAUCCUGUUUAAUUCAUAUAAAAUAUUUCAAAAUGCGAGUUUAAAUUAUUGCGAUUAUAACCCUGUCGCAUUUUUCGCAAUAAUAAAAACAUCGCAAUAAUUUCUGAAUUUACAGUAUUGCAUAAAUCUAAUGUUGAGAUAUAAGUCCAUUUCAGAACAAAUAUAAUAUGACAGGCUGAUGGAAAUUGAUAUUGGUUUUAUGUAGAUAUCCUUCCUUACACAUGGUUCAUGUAAAAUAUUAUAUAUUUUCACAAAAUUAAGAAGAAAAAGUGUUUACCAUAUUUGGACUGCUGUUUACCAAGCAUACUUUAAAUUUUGUUUCAUACAGAUUGUGAUGUCAUUUCUUCUCAGUUAUGCCCCUGUGAGUUAAAAUUUUCUGAUAAUGUCUGUCACAGUUUAACUAUUGGGAAAAAGUAAUUUUUAUUUUGUAUGGUGUUACAUUUACAAGUAUAACUAUGCAUCAUUCUUUAAAGUGCAAGAAGAACUUUUUUAAGUUUUAUUAAAGAAUGAGACCAAAAUUAAAUGUAGGAAAACAUUUUUAAGAGUGGGACAAAAAUAUUAUAAGUAUACUUGCCCCAGUAUAGGAUAGGCACUUUUUGGAAAGUCAACAUCCUUUCUAUGCCAAAUUUGUAUGCUAGGUAAAACAAAAUUCCUGACAAUAGUUUUUUUCUAACAGAAAAUUAUUUGUUUUUUUAUAAUCCAUUACUUUUUUUUUUUUUUUUUUGGAACAGUCGUUUAUUUUGUUCCAUCAGCAUAUUAGAAUAUAGCCUAGAUGUUAAUAUUGUUUAGAGAUAAAAGUUUAGUAAGAGAUUCAAAUCAUGACUGAAAAAUGGCAGGGUUUACCUCAUGAUGAUUGACAAGGUGGUAUAAAUAUUGGAAAAGUGUAUUUUUUGAUAGCAUUCAACUCCCCGAGACAAAUUUAUUUUUUUUUUAUGAAAGAAAAGCCUUUUUUUAAGCCACAAUUGUUUUAGAAUGCUUGGAGAGCAUUUGAAUAUUCGUAUGUUUGUAAAUUGUACAAGAUAUUAUAAUUAUUGGAUAUUUGUAAAUAUGAACAGUUAAAAGGCAUUAUCUGUAAAGCGCAUUGGUGCAAUUAUUUGUAAAUUUUCAUUUCAUUGUAAAGUAGUUCAUAUUAUGAGCAAGUUACUAGUAAUUAUUGUUGCUUUGUAAUGAAAACUGUUACCAGAUUGAGUACAUUAACAUUGAAUAUUGUGAGUUGAUCUAUUCAUCUGUCUUAACAGGUCAAAGUUGAUCUGUUUAUCUGUCUAACAGGUUGAAGUUGAACUUUUAUUUAAAUCAUUCGGACACAUAAUUAACUUGCAUAGAACUGCAAAAUAUUGUGGUUGUUAUGGUUUUGGUAUUAGAAAAAGGAUUUUUUUGUUAUUAGGAAAAGGAUUUUUUUUCAUUAAAUACAUUUGACUUUUUUUAUUAGAUUAUUUUGUAAUGGUUGUUUUGACUGACCAUUCCAUUUCUGUAUGAAAGACUGGUUGUGAUGUUAAUAUUUUGUUUUUAAUGUUAUUUAUUUAUAUACAUUACAUCAUUCCAAGGGAGAAACAUAUGUGAGUAAGUCAUGCAUAUAUGAGUUUUUAUUAAGAAAAUCAAAAAUUGUUAGACGUUGUUAUUGUUAAUUAUUACAGAAUAUUUUGUUCAAGUCAAUUUUUGAUACAUGAGGAAAUUUAAUUGAUCUGCAAUUGGAGAAAAAUAAUUUAUUUUUUGAUUUCUUGAUAGAUUUAUUAAUAAGGAUUGUAUGCAGGUUAAAUAUAAUCAAUUGUAACAAAAAGGACCUCUCCACACCAUGAUUUAUUAUAAAAUGUAAUUGUAAUGUGAAUUAGGCCAUAAUAAAAACUAUUUGGUUCUCAGAAUAAAUUUCCAUUACAUUUUUUUUAUUUUCCCAGGAAGAACUUUUUUUAAAUAGCCUAUUUUGAAAAAAAAAUUUGAUAAAGGAUUAAAAAUUAUAGCUUUGUUCUACUUAUCUUUAUUAUUAUUUUAUUAUUUUUGGUUUUGCAAAUGAACAGUGUGGAAUUUAAUAUGUUUUGCUCGUGAGUUCUUAACAUACUGACCCAUAUUUUUAUUUCAAUUGUCUGUGAACCAAGUAACUUUUAUUUGACCUUUUAAGUCUUGUGCCAUAUUGUGAUAAUUCUAAGUGAUUACAUGUAAUUGUUUUGUUUAAAAUUAAUCAGUUGUAUAUUUUUAAUUGAGUUCAGUAUUUUUUUAUUUUUAUCUUGCCUGUGAAAUAAGUAAUUUCUAUUUUAUUAUUUACAAAUGAUUACUAAUUUAUGUAUCUUCUAUACAUCAAAAUGUUUAUAGCUGAAGAAUUCUUCACUUCAAUUUUUAUUUUUAGUUCCUAAGAGGAUUAUAUUGCAGUGUAUUGUAAAUACAUUAGGUGUUGUUAGAUUAACAUUCAGAUUUGUAAAGAUGGAUCUAUUUUUUACUACAUAUCUUCUAGUUACGGGUAAUGGAAAUGUCUAAAAAGAUAGUAACUGCUUUGGUUGAUUAAUUGUAGCAUAACUGUACAACAUUUUUAAUUCAGUAUACAUUUAAGUUAAUUGACUAGACUAUAUAAGAGGCAGCAUUUUAUGUCACUAAAAAGCUCCAAGCAGCCAUUGUCUGACAGUAAAUAUUCUUUUGAACUACUUGGCCAGUUUGCACUAAAGCUUAUGAAACAUACUCAGAAUAUCUGUAGAGGCCUCACAACACAAUUAUUUUGACUGCAUUUUUCCAUAAAAUAAGGAAACCAGUUCAAAUGAUAUAAUAUUUGCUGCACAUGAAGUUCAAUAUUUUUUUCUGAAAAAAUUUCAAAUGCCAAGAAAAUUCAUGGCUGCUUUUGUCUCAUAACACUUACAUUGUAAAUUUUUCGUCCAAAAUAAACCAAGGACCAAUUGCUUUAUCAAAUAAAAGACAAAAAAGAUCUGGUAGAAAUUAUCUAUAUUGUAACCUUUGCCCUACUAGCAAAGGGAAAUAAUUGUGGUCUGAAGCCUACAGCCAUCAAACAUGGUAGCCAUGAUUCUAAAAAUAGUGAAAUUUGAUUGUAUGAGCAAGACAAGCAAUACAGACUCUCAUGCCAAGCUAUAUAAUAAUUUUAAGUACUGCACAUUUUAGUUUGCACUUUAAACAAUUAUUUGUUAGUGGGUAACAGAACAUACGAAAAUGUAAAUGCAUUUUCCUCAUAAUAGUUCUAGAUUAACUAAAAAAUGCAUAUUACUUUCUGUCUAGAUUCAUUUGAUCAGAUAGGUGACCAAUGUAGGCUCAUUUUCUUUUUAUUGUCAGCACUUACUAGUAUGUUGUUAUUUAUUGAAACAAGUGCUUGAAUUAGAAUCGUUGCUCAUUGUAUAUAGCAUACAUAUUAUUUUAACAUUCACAUAUCUAUCAUAUCAUAUCAUAUCAUAUCUAUUUAAUUGUUUAUUUUUAUGGGGUUGUGUUUAUUUUAUUUUUUAUUUUUAGUUUAUAUAUAUAUAUAUGCCUUGUAAUAUAGGUUUACUACUGUUUUAAGUUUAUUGAUUGUAAGAGAAAAAAAUCUUUAUUUCUAUAGUGGAAAAAUUAAGUACAUGUAUAGAAUCAGAAGUUACAGUGUUGUUCAGCAUAUGAGCUGUGUCCGAUAGAAAUCGACGUUAUGCAAAUGAAUAUCAAUUUUGGGUAGAAAAAAUCUCUAUGCAAAGUCUGUAACUGUUUGAAAAUUGAGUUGAUAUAAGAACCCUACAAAACAGACCAAGAUUCAUCUUUUAUUUCAUAUUUGAAUGUUCUAAUAUCAAUAAAAGUCUUAUACAUGUACAUGUUUACCUGUACUUGAAUAAGGUCGAUUUCUAUCUGAUGCAGCUCAUAUAAUACAGGUCAAUAUCGCAAGAUGUGUCUGUAAAUCUUUACUAAUUGAAGUUACUCAAAAUUGCACAAACUAUUUAAGGUUCUUUUAAAAGAAAAAACCCAAAGAUUAAUGAGAAUAUUUUGUUUUAUAACAUAUAUAUCAAGAAGAUUUAUUUUCAUUACCACAUAGUUGUCAACUUUUUAAACUUUCAAAUUGGGAAAUCUCUCUCUGACAAAAUUGUUUCAUAGACCGGAUUUACUUGACCAGCCUGUUCACACCAUUUUAAGGGCACCUUAAAGCUAUUAUUUUCUAUAGAAUUUUGAAGCAAUUUCAAUAUGAUGAACACUUUGAAUAUUUGAGAAGUGAUUAGCAACUGCAAAUGGCAAAUUAAGAUUACUGAUAAGAAAGGCUCUGAUUGAUUUAUGUUUGUUUUUCACAUCAUACAGCCUACUUUUGUAAUUGACAACUAUUCAAAUUUACAGCAAGCCAUACUUGUUUAUAUUGGCCUUAGGAAAUAGAAAGCUUUUGGUCACUGAAUAUCCAUGUUCUUUUUAUGUUUAUUCAUACUGCUCAUGAAUGAAAUGCUUUUUAAAAAAAGUAAAAAAUACAGAAAUAUAAUUUAAUGUAAAAAUUAAACUAUACCUCAUUCCAGAAGCACAUUGGACAAUUUCCAAUUUAGUUGGAGAUUCCUGAAGUUGUCUAGCGGUCCGUUCCCUCUUUGAGAGAGUUGAUACCUUGGAAACUAUUAAUAUAUAUAUAUAUAUAUAUAUGUACCAUGGUUGAGGGGAUCAGAUAGUUAUUUAUUCUCCUCUGAAGUUCACUGUUAAUCAAUUUUCAUUAUUUGAUUUGCUCUUGGUAUAAACUUGGCCAUUUAAUAUUUUCUAUACCUUAAAUUUAAUUUUUUGAUGGUUAGACAAAUAUGUUCUUGCUAAAUGGUAAUACGUGUCUUCAGUUCUAAAAUGCUAAGUAUCGUUUUUGAGAAAACUCUAGAAGAAGAAGGAGUUUUUAUAUUAUUGGUUUUAAGCUAAGUUUAUACCAAGAGCAAAGCAAAUAAUGAAAAUUGAUUAAUAGUGAACUUCAGAGGAGAAUUCAUAAAUUGUCUUCCUCAUCGAAAUUUGUUUACAUUUUGUCUAACCAAUUAGAUAUAAUGCUUAUAUCUUUGACAAAAAGGCAUUGAAAAAGGUCAAAUUUUAUCCUAAAAUCAUCUUUUUUUUAUCACUAUAUCAUUUUUGAUUUUGUAAACAAAGAUAUUUUAAUACUUAUUAACACCAAAUAUCAUUUUUUAACAUUUAGUUUUACUUUUUGUUGCUUAAGAAAAGGUGUUUUAUUAUGUUGAAUUGAUAAUGUAACUUUUAAAUGAUUUAUUUGGAUUUUUUGAAUUUUAUUCCAAUAUUUAAUAAGACUUAUACAGCGCAAAUCAUUCCACAUUACAUAUAGAUUAGUAUAAUAAAGGCAAUAUUAAUCAUGAAUCAGAUUAAUUGUUUACACUUGUAGAUCAGGAUCAUGUUUAUACACACAAAUCAGGACCAUGUUUAUCCAUAAAGAUCAGAAUCAUGUUUAUACAUACAUAUCAUGAUCAUGUUUAUACACACUGAUCACGAUCAUGUUUAUACAUACAGGUCAGGAUCAUGUUUAUACAUACAGAUCAUGACCAUGUUUAUUAAGAUAAGGAUCAUGUUUAUGCAUUCAGAAUUACAUCAUGUUUAUACACACAGAUCAGGAUCAUGCAUUGUAUAUGGCUUUUUAUUUGUAAUCAUUUAUUGUUAUUAUGUACACCUUAUUGAAUAAAAUGUUGAACUUUUAA